CCUCGCGCUGUAUGCUCAUCUUUCAGUUUGAUGAGGUCCUAACUUCAACCUAAAAUGUAUAGCAGUUUUUUCCCAUUGAACACAGAGGAAAGUAAGACAGCUUGAAAAGUGUUUAUGGCACAAAUACAAAGAUAAACAUUAAUAAUACUACACUACACUGGAUUAUGGAGCACUGAGGCCGAGCGUCUUCACAGAAACCUGUUUGGGGUCCUUGAAGGGGACCAGUCAGUUUGUGUUUGAGUCACACGAGCAAAAAUCUCACAAAUCUUGUCUGCUUGUUUUGGACAGUCCUGAGUCGGAGCAUAUAGCUCAAGUCCAGUUUGUGAAGUCUGGACCUCUGUUUGCUGCCAGUAAACUGAUUCCACCGGUGACUUCACUGGUGGCUGUGGGUAAAUGCGGGUUACUGAAUGUUGGGGAUGAAGUGCCGACCAGCUUGGUUGACUUUUGUCUUACUGAUCGGCUCUUGUUACCAGCCUGUCGCUGGUGACUUCGUGGCCUCUGAUGAACACCCAGAUGUUGGACAUGAUGAGGACGUACAUCCCAACGCUCUGGCAGAAACAAAUGGGGACGUACUGGACUUGGACUUGGAUAUCCAAACAAGCAGGGAGGUACCAGACACAAACAUUGAAACAAACUGGGACAUACGGGACAUAAACAAGGACAACUAUGAGGACGCUGACUGGCAUCCUCUUUCCUCUCUCCUGGAAACGCACUCUGAUCUGAGCCCAGACGCCCCACCGGUGAUACGCAGUGGCUUCACUGGUGUCAUAAGCACCGGCGCUGCCAACAACCAAAACUUAAACCGGACCGGUGGAAGUCCUUCAUCACAAUGCGGUGAGUACAGCAGCCAGCUGACGUCUAACGGCAAAUGCCGACUGAUGGCAAGGCUGCCUCCGGUGCCGGUGGGAGUGUCGCAGAAACGCUGCCCGGAUAUGUUUCGCUGCACAGACGACAUCUCACACUGGCUCCACGAGAACCAGAACCGACAGGAGCAGCUAGAGGAGCUGAGGGAGACCAUGUCAGAGCUGCAGGAGGAGCUGAGGAACCACCGGCAUCAAGUCAAGACCCUGGAGAUGCAGGGUGAACAGAGUGUUGGUUUAACCUCGACCUUUGACCAGCGGUUGCGUUCUCUGGAGCUGCAUCACGCCGAGGCCGACACGCUGCUCCACGUGCACGCAUCGCUGCUGUUCGAGCUGCAGGCGCAGCUUCGCAACCUGACGGCCACCGUGCAGCGCAUGAGCCGCAACACGGGCUGCACCAUCAACGUCAUUAAAACCACAACGCUGCUCGGCAUGCGGGACUCGCUGCCACCAGAUGGACAGUACCUGUCUUUCUGCCAGUCAGACUGUGCGUCUCUGUAUCAUAGUGGUGUUCGUCGUUCUGGUGUUUACAACAUCGUCCUGUCGCCAGGCACCACCCUGCCGGUCUACUGCGACAUGGAGACUGAGGGUGGGGGCUGGACGGUGUUCCAGAGGCGGAGCGACGGCUCUGUGAGUUUUAACCGCGGAUGGUCAGAGUAUCGUGGUGGCUUUGGCGAGCCACGAGGAGAACACUGGCUGGGCAACCAACAGCUCCACCUGCUGUCCAACCACGACCACUACAGCCUCCGCAUCCACCUGCAGGACUGGAACCACACCCACAGACACGCCCUGUACCACACCUUCAGGAUAGAGGAUGAGGAGAACCAGUUCCGCCUCCAUGUGUCUGGUUUUAGUGGAACAGUGGAGGAUUCAUUUGGCUGGUACCAUGACCAGCAGGGCUUCAGCACACCAGACACCGGGAACAUCUGCGCUGAGAUCAGCCACGCCGGCUGGUGGUUCCGUCAUUGUUUCUACGCCAACCUCAACGGCGUCUACUACAAGGGGGGGCAGUACUCUUUGAAAGCUCAGAACUUGCUCGGGCCGGAUGGCGUCGUCUGGUUCUCCUGGAAGGAGUCGGAUUUCUACUCUCUGAAGGCGGUUACAAUGAUGAUACGUCCACGCAACUUCAGGCCCCGCUUGUCACCAUAGUGAUGGAGUGUAGCAACCUGAAGCCCUGCUCGCAGCUUCCAAUUACUGCUAGAUGCCCUUUAGGAGUCACCAGAAAUAUUCACUGAAGUACCAAAUCUGUAUUCAUACGCAGCUGAAAAUAGUCCCCCCCAAAAUACACUGCUGAAGUCUGCUAAAAGCUACUGUGAUUAGCUGUUUAAGAAAUCCAGCCUUUUUAAUAAAAUAUUUAUGAGCAUUUUUUAAAGAAUCUUGAAGAUGCCACAUUGAGGGAGGGACUAAUAAGGAAAAAGACAUGAGUUACAUGAUCAGAACGAGGUCAGGGUUAGUGACAAACUGCUCCACCACACCUGGGCAGUAAGUUCUUGGUUUCACAGCGCGGAUCAAACGACCUUCAUGUCACACGUUUAGAAGCCGAGGCAAUAAAGAAGCACCAGGCUGAUAAUCAUCACGGACUCGUUCUGCU